AUGGAAACGCGGCCGAUUCCCGCAUUUUACUGCUGCUACCUCCUCCGGUCCACCAUCCGGCCAAGCAGUCUCUACAUCGGCUCAACGCCUGACCCGCGUCGCAGACUGGGCCAACACAAUGGCGAGACCAAAGGCGGAGCCCACAAAACGGCCCGAGAGACACUUCGACCAUGGGAAAUGAUCUGCAUGGUCCAUGGCUUCCCGUCUAGCAUCGCCGCACUACAGUUUGAAUGGGCGUGGCAGCACCCGAACCUGACCAAAAAGGUGCCUGAAGACCUUCGCAAGACCGCGAUAAAAGGCCGAAACAUGCAAUCGCGGCUCGUCAAUCUGCGGCUGCUCCUAUGCAACUCGGCAUUCACACGGUGGCCGUUGACACUCCGCUUCUUCCAGCAAGAUGUGCAAGAUUACUGGACCAAGAUGUGCAAGAAGGGGGGCACCACCAUCCCACCGGCUCUGCACAUCGUGCGGGACUUGCGGAAAUCCGACAGUCCGCCGCCGCCGAGUCAAGAGCUACUGGACGAGGACGGCGAGCCGCUGCCGCCGCCGCCAAAAAAACGCGGGAGGAAACCGAAGCUGGCGGCUUCCGGCGACGGCGGAUUGCAGGGCCUCGAUAUCACUUUCUUACCCCUGGAGACCCACUAUCAGAAGGCCAUGGCCGUGCUGGAUGCCGCGGGCGAGGAGUUGAGCUGCGAUAUAUGCUUUGGGCUGCUGGCGGGUAAUGACGCGGUCGUGUGCAACCAUGCGUUCUGUGAGCAUGCGGCGCAUAUCACGUGCCUUUCCUCGCAGUUCCUUAAGGAGGAAGGGAUUGGUGGCAGUAUCUUGCCGGUGGAUGGCAGCUGUCCGGGUUGCAAGCAGAAGACGCGCUGGGGAGAUCUGGCUAGAGAGUUGAGUUUACGGACUAGGACGAAGCCGAAGGAGAAGAAGGUGGAGGUGAAGGAGGUGAAGGAGAAGAAGGUGAAGGAGAAGAAGCCUGCAGCGGUUAAGAAGACGACGAGGAAGGAGAAAGCUGGGGCAGUCGUGGAGGAGGAGGAGGAGGAAGAGGAGGACAGCGACGACGAGGAGGAUGAGAACGAGGCCGAGAUGUCGUGCAUCGAUGUAGGCGAUAUCCCCGAAGGCAUGGAGGCAGAAGCGAUGGAGGCCAGUAUGAUGUUGGAUGGGUUGUCGGAUAGCGAGUACGAUGCUGUAGAGGGUUUCCUGCAAAGCGUCGACUUUCGCGAUUCAGUAGUUGCAGAGAGUGUUGAUGGGGGAGAUUUGAUGAUGUUGUAA